AUGGGUGAGGAAGAUUGGCCUUCUGAUGCUGCGUCCCAACCUCGCAAGAGAUGGACCCUUGAACAACUCAAAGGAGGAAAUACCUUCCUCUCGAUGCAAGCUGCGACAAACAAGUUUGAAUCGCAGAAGGGUAUGACCGCUCCUGGAAUGCCACGUUGGAACAUCAUCAAGGACAAGAAGGAGGGAUACAUUGCUCCAGACCGUAGCUCUGAAAAUGUGCUCCGUGUGCAAUGCGGUACUAACCAAUAUGCAUCGCAAAAGGGAGAGACACCAAUCGGAGCUUCUCGAUUCCAGGUCCCAAAAGUUUCGUACAAGAAAGAAUGGGAAACCAUUCUUGAUAAGGAGGGAGAGAAGAUCAUCCCGAAGCAAGCUGGUGAUUAUGGAUUGGCAUCGCAAGCCGGAGAAGUUAGCAUGGGAGGACCAAGAAACCAGGUCGCUCUUAUCCGUGGACGACUUCCCCAUGACAGAAGAACUCACGGCGUUUUGUGUUUCCAAAAUGGAACCAACUUGUUUGCUUCGCAAACUGGAAUGUCUGCUCCACCAGGUCUUGGAGCCGUUCGUCAAGCUACCCAGAAGAUUGAAGGUCUUGAGCUUGGAGAAGAUGUCCUCCGUCGUGGUACCGAAUUCACCCCAUGGUACUCUGGGCAGAACAAAUUUGCCACUCAAGCCGGCAGCGGUGGAUUCCUCAAGGUCCGCGACGUCUUGCCACAUACUAAGGGAGGAAAGGAGAUCGAGGAGUCGUUGAAGCAAAAAUCGGAAGGAAUUGUUCCACUUCAAUCGGGAACCAACCGACUCGCUUCCCAACGCGGUAUGACUGGAUUUGGUACACCAAGAAACACGAUCCAGCGAUCGGGAUGGAAAAAAGAAUGGAUCGAGGAGUACGAGGCUGCCCUCAAGGAGUGGGAAGAAACAAAGCCACCAGGAAGUGCUUCUUCUGUCGACCCAUUCGGUCACUACAAGAAGAAGUUCGAAGAACGCGAAUCAUCGAAAAGCGCGGUUAACUCCGAGUACGAUGCUCAAUCCGUGAAGGCUAAUGACCCGGAGCCGGAACCGGAACCGGAGCCAGAAGACGAAGAAGAAGAGAAGGCUGAGGAGCCCGUUGUUGAGGAAGAGAAGGAAGAGGAAGAGGAGCAAGAAGAAGAGGAAGAGGAAGAGGUCGAAGAGGAAGAGGAAGAAGAGGAGGAGGAAGAGGAGGAUGAGGAGUAA